UUUGCCAAAGGGAGGACAUGGAGGAAAGGAUUACAACACUAGAACGCAGGUACCUCAGCGCCCAGAGGGAGGCGACUUCUCUCCAUGAUAUCAAAGACAAGCUGGAAAAUGAGCUGGCCAGCAAGGAAUCACUGCACAGACAGAGUGAAGAGAAGAACAGACAGCUACAGGAACGUCUGGAUGAAGCCAAGCAGAAGCUCCAGCAGACCCUGCAGAGGGCAGAGACGCUGCCUGAGAUCGAGGCCCAGCUCGCCCAAAGGGUCGCUGCUCUCAACAAGGCAGAAGAGCGCCAUGGAAACUUUGAGGAGCGACUACGGCAAAUGGAAGCUCAACUCGAGGAGAAGAACCAAGAGCUGCAGAGGGCGAGGCAGAGGGAGAAGAUGAAUGACGAACACAACAAACGCCUCUCAGAUACAGUGGACAAGCUUCUGUCCGAGUCCAACGAGAGACUGCAGCUCCACCUCAAAGAGAGGAUGGCAGCACUGGAGGAGAAGAAUGCUCUUUCAGAGGAACUGUCCAAUAUGAAGAAACUCCAAGAUGAACUUAUAGCUAAUAAGGAACAACUCCUUGCUGAGCUGGAGCGAAUCCAACUGGAGCUGGAUCAGCUGAGAGGCAGGCCCGGCUCUUAUUCCAGGGCGGGCAGCGUGAGCUCUCUUCCCUCCACUCUUUUCCGAAGAUCACUUCCAGGGAGCGCCUCAGAGCUGCGAUACCCUCAGGGUGGAGGCUCGCUCCCGUCCGGCUACACCAACUCCACCACUGGGAUGGUGGUCAGGCGGACACGCCGGUGGGGGCCUCGAGACGACAGUAACAAGUAUGUAGAGUGGAAUAGCAGCAAUAUGCUUGGUCCCGGCUAUGAUGUUGGGGACGGAGGCUGCUCUGACGACGAGGACGACAGGGAGACUCUGUUCGGAUCGGAGCUGCUCUCUCCUAGCGGACAGACAGAUGUACAGACUUUGGCCAUCAUGCUACAGGAGCAGCUGGAGGCCAUCAACAAGGAGAUUAAGCUGAUUCAGGAGGAGAAGGAGAGCACAGAGCUGAGGGCAGAAGAGAUUGAGAGCCGGGUCAGCAGCGUGGCCCUCGAUGCCCCACCUCUUCCACCCUCCUCGCUGGGAGGACGUGACAGCGUCGGGAGGGGUUACAUGACUCCCUCCAUCACCUCCUCCACGUUGGCGUCUCCCUCACCCCCCAGUUCUGGGCAUUCCACCCCCCGCCUGCCACAUUCCCCUGCCAGGGAGAACGACAGACAGAAUAGCAAAGAUGGUGAAGAAUGCAGAGCACUUGCCCUGAUUGACUCCAACCCUCCCUCGGUUCCACGAGCCCUUCGAUUGGACAGAAUGACACACACUCACCCGGGGGCAGGCCUCGAUGAAUUCCGUGAAUUUCGCAGUCUCUCUGCUGACGGUUCCACCACUGCGAGUCAGGAUUCCCUCCACAAGGCCAGCAAAAAGAAAAGCAUUAAGUCGUCUAUUGGUCGUCUCUUUGGCAAAAAGGAAAAAGGGAGGAUCGGUGCACCUGGGCGCGAAUCUUCCUCACUGGCCUCUACACCCUCUGAUGACCUGGGUUCAGCGGACCCGUUAGGCCUGACUAAACUUGGGACUGGAACAGUGGAGAAAGACCGCCGCAGCAAAAAGAAACACGACCUGUUGGAGGAAGCCUGUCGUCAGGGUCUGCCCUUCGCCUCAUGGGAUGGCCCGACUGUUGUUACGUGGCUUGAGCUCUGGGUAGGGAUGCCAGCAUGGUAUGUGGCAGCGUGUCGUGCCAACGUGAAGAGCGGCGCCAUUAUGGCUAACCUGUCGGACACCGAGAUCCAGAGGGAGAUCGGCAUAAGCAACCCUCUACACCGGCUCAAACUCCGCCUGGCCAUUCAGGAAAUGGUCUCCCUCACUAGUCCGUCUGCACCUGCGAGCACUCGCUCAUCGACCAGUAAUAUUUGGAUGACGCACGCUGAGAUGGAGUCUCUCGCUGCUGUCACCAAGCCAGAGCAGAAGGAGUUCAGCUGGGAUCAGAUCCUGGCUUAUGGAGACAUGAACCAUGAGUGGGUGGGAAACGAAUGGCUGCCCAGUCUGGGUCUGCCCCAGUACCGCUCCUACUUCAUGGAGUCACUGGUGGAUGCCCGUAUGCUUGAUCACCUCACCAAGAAAGAAUUGAGGGGCCAGCUGAAGAUGGUGGACAGUUUCCACAGGGUGAGUCUUCACUACGGUAUCAUGUGCUUGAAGCGCUUGAACUAUGACAGGAAGGAGCUGGAGAGGAGGAGGGAUGAGAGUCAACACCACAACCAAGAUGUUAUGGUGUGGUCCAAUGAGCGAGUGAUGUGUUGGGUGCAGUCUAUCGGUCUGAAAGAGUUUGCUGACAACUUAUUGGAGAGCGGGGUGCACGGGGCCCUCCUGGCGCUAGAUGACACUUUCGACUACACUGACUUGGCCCUCCUCCUCCAGAUACCCAAUCAGAACACACAGGCGAGGCAGCUCCUAGAGAAGGAGUACAACGCUCUCAUCACGAUGGGAACGGAGAGGAGGCCAGAUGAGGACGGCACAAAAACAUUUACGCGGUCACCGUCAUGGAGGAAGAUGUUCCGAGAGAAGGACCUCCGCGGCGUGACGUCUGACUCCUCAGAAACAUUACCUGCCAACUUCCGUGCCUCCGCCAUCUCGACCCCCUCCGUCACCCUGAGGAAAGUGCAGAGUGAAGUAGGUCCGAGAGGAGAGUCGGGGUCCGUGAGAACAUAUUCCUGCUAAAAGAUAAGCACACCAGAGCCCCGCCUCUAUCUACUAACCCGAGGGGGGAAAAUACACAUUUUUGAAGAAAAAAAACCUAAGGAUCAAAAUCAAAAAUGGACACUAGAAGAUGACCAACAACAUUUACACGAGAUGUCUCGAAGAAUCAAAGACACUGAGCGAAUGAUUUCUGAAAAGAUGAUAAAAUAAUGAGUGAAUGUCUGUUUAUCCAUCCCUCUCUCUCCCUCUCUCUCUCUCUCCCUCUCUCUCCCUCUCUCUCUCUCUCUCUCUCUCUCUCUCUCUCUCUCUCUCUCUCUCUCUCUCCCUCUCUCUCUCUCACCCCAUCUUGAUCCAUAGUUGUGGCAUGACGCUGUUUGAUUCUGUAGAAAGUGGCCUGUAGAAAGUGACCAUCGCCUAUUGUGAAUGCAUAUCCUGUUUUUGAGUGUGAGAUGGCAAUAUUGACACAAUGAAUUUAUAGUUUUUAAAAUUGGAAACCGCAUUCCAGUUCAGAUCCAGCGAAAGAAACCCCCGUCACACAUCCUUUCAGGUGAUCUCACUUUGAUUUAGACAAUGGAACAUACUCUGACUAGAAAACAUCGUAGUGUUUGGGGAGAGGGAGGCUCAAAGGCAGCGUGCGAGUGUACACAGGGGAAGCGAGAUGUAUGUUCUUAAGCCAUAACAGACAUGAGAUGCACAAAUGUGAAUAAGACAGACAAUGAGACAAUUAGCAAAGUGCUUUAUGACAAACUCCUGUUCAAAGUGGGAUAAAAGAGUAAGCAUUUGUGUUAAUAUGCAUGCCAAAAUCAACCAUUUUAGAGUGAACGUCAUGAUAUCAAUCAUCUAAUGAUGUGAACGCUUGGGUCAGGACUUUGUAAAAUGUGUGUGUUUUAUUUUUAUCAUUUUUUAUGAUAACUGCUAUUGUAUGUAUGUACGUAUGUAUGUAGAGUAUGUAUGUAUGUGUGUGUAUUAAACUGUACGUUCAUUUCAUACUUAGUUUUAAGACUGACUGUAAUUUAAUUUUAGAUUGAAAAAGGAAAUAUGUUUUUAAAUUAUGGACAUUUAAGAUAUGCUACUUGUAUGUGUACAUUUUGAAGAAAAAAAAA